AUGGCUCAAAAAACUUCUGAAGUUGAGAGUACGACCAAUGCUGCCAGCGCACUUUCGUCCGCUGGAGCACCCGAAGCAAAAGGGAAAAGCAAUACUUGUAAAGCUGGUUUAAAGGAACUAAUGGAAGCCAAAUUAAUCUCUCCAUCUUUAAGAAGUGUUACUUUCGACUAUCGCAAUAGUUUAUAUACUGCUGAUCUGAAAGAAGAUUCCAGCAUUGAUCUCACCGAUAACGAUAAAGUUAUGAACUUUCGAUCUGUUUCUGCUUUUGCUAUAUACUGCAUUCGAAGGGACACCCCUUCAAGACAAUCGUGUGAUGGCUGGAUGUGUGUAAAAUACCAAGGGAAGCCCCUCAGUGAAAUAAGAAAUGAAUAUUAUAGAUUGAACAAUUUCGAAGUACCAUGCUCACCUUCUAAAAUUACUAAACGUCUGGAAUCACGGCGUUCUGCUUCUCGGCAGGGGACAACUGUUGUACAGGUAAAAGAUGUGAUUUGUGAUAAAAUUUUGUAUGGAAUUCGCUGUCAAGGAUUUAAAUGGUUCAAUAUUAUUUUUUUGGAAAAAUGCGGCUGUCCGUUUCCUUUUUGUUAUGUGCGAUAUGUCGCGACGACCGACUUCUCUUUUUGUCCCGGCCACAGUGUUAACUUUUCUGUUAUUAAGGAGAAAGAAAAGUUGGCAUACAAACUGGACGUAUGUGUGGAAUUUCUCGUGCUAAUCAACGUCUUUGAGGCAAUUACGAUAAACUUCUUAUAA